AGUGCUCACUUUAUAGCAUUUUACUUCAUUUCCUCGUCUCCCCUUUCUCCCACGACAUUAAUUGAAUGGCAGCCGCCGCCGCCCGACCUCUGGUUUCGGUGCAAACCAUAGGAUCCGAUAUGGCCACCGACGCUGCCCCUACUGUCCCUCUGGCUGAUGUCAUGAAAGCCUCGAUCCGACCCGACAUCGUCACCUUCGUCCACGACAACAUAUCCAAGAACCGCCGCCAACCCUACGCCGUCUCCAAGCGUGCUGGUCAUCAAACUUCAGCUGAAUCGUGGGGAACCGGACGCGCCGUCUCACGUAUCCCGCGUGUUCCGGGUGGCGGUACCCACCGUGCCGGCCAAGGUGCCUUCGGAAACAUGUGUCGUGGUGGUCGUAUGUUUGCUCCUACCAAGAUCUGGCGCCGCUGGCACCGUAAAAUCAAUGUUAACCAGAAGAGGUACGCCGUCGCCUCUGCCAUUGCUGCCUCUGCUAUUCCUUCCCUCGUAAUGGCGCGUGGUCACCGCAUUGAGGCUGUCCCUGAGAUGCCUCUGGUCAUAUCGGACGCUGUUGAGAGCGUGGAGAAGACGUCAGCUGCAAUUAAGGUUCUGAAACAGGUUGGAGCGUAUCCGGAUGUUGAAAAGGCCAAGGACAGCCAAGGGAUCCGACCCGGAAAAGGAAAAAUGAGGAACCGUAGGUACAUUUCUCGAAAAGGUCCGUUGAUUGUUUACGGAACCGAAGGGUCAAAGCUCGUUAAAGCCUUCAGAAACAUUCCUGGUGUCGAGAUUGUCAAUGUGGAGAGGCUUAAUCUGUUGAAACUCGCUCCUGGUGGACACCUUGGAAGGUUCAUUAUCUGGACCAAAUCUGCUUACGAGAAGCUUGACUCAAUUUACGGGUCAUUUGAUAAGCCUUCAGAGAAGAAGAAGGGGUACGUUUUACCUCGGUCUAAGAUGGUGAACGCUGACCUUGGUAGGAUCAUUAACUCUGAUGAGGUUCAGUCUGUCGUUAAGCCGAUCAAGAAGGAGGUCAAGAGGGCACCUAUGAAGAAGAAUCCACUCAAGAACUUGAAUGUUAUGCUGAAGUUGAACCCGUAUGCGAAGACAGCUAAAAGGAUGUCUCUUUUGGCUGAGGCCCAACGUGUUAAGGCUAAGAAGGAGAAGCUUGACAAGAAGAGGAAGCCUAUUUCUAAGGAGGAAGCAGCCGCAAUCAAGUCGGCCGGCAAAGCGUGGUAUCAAACCAUGAUCUCUGACAGUGAUUACACCGAGUUCGAGAACUUCUCCAAGUGGUUGGGCGUGUCUCAGUAAACUUAGUGUUCGGCUUUAGAAAAUUUGCUUAGACGAUUGUUUGAAUCACUUUUGUUUUGGUGGUGACAUUUUUAUUUCAUCGGAGUAGUUUCUUUCACAUGAGAACAGAGUACGAAAUACUUUACAGGACUGAUUGGUCAGAUCAUUAUGUUAUUGAAAUGCUCGUCUUGUACUGCUCAUCGUUAA